GUUGCGUUAACUUCCCUGUCACCGAGUGUUUAACUAUAUUAUUGCUGUUCGAGACAGAUAAGCGUUACUUCGACUUGUCGGUCGACCGUACUCUUGUGUGCGACCUGUAUUUAACGGAAUAAAGUUCGUCCUCAGUGGACGUGUUCGCGGUGAGGAAGUUGAAUUUAGGCCGUGAUUAUCUGCUUAGUCUAUUUGUUUGUAUUCGCUGGUUGUUAGUGACGUCACGAGGGGAAAACUAAAAAUCAUUGUCUCGAUAAAGUUUAUCAACAAUUGAUAGCUGCAGUGAAUUAGAUUGGUUGGAGAAAACUGUGAAAAAAUCGCUAUUCCAGAAUAAACAGUGCUUUAAGUGUGAGUGUUUUACAUAAGUCAUAUUACAUUUGUAUGCCCCGGUCCCGGGACGAGAUGCAAGUAAACGUGGCGGGCCUUAGGAGAAAUAUUAAAAACCUCGCGCACAACUACUCUGAUGCCCAGGUAAAAGUGCGCGAGGCGACAUCGAACGACCCAUGGGGCCCGUCCAGCACGCUGAUGGCGGAGAUCGCCGACCUCACGUACAACGUGAUGGCGUUCACGGAGAUCAUGCAGAUGAUCUGGAAGAGGCUCAACGACCACGGCAAGAACUGGAGGCACGUGUACAAGGCGCUGGUGCUCAUGGAGUACCUCAUCAAGACCGGCAGCGAGAAGGUCGCCAUGCAGUGCAAGGAGAACAUCUUCGCCAUCCACACGCUGCAGGACUUCCAGUACAUGGAGGAGGGCAAGGACCAAGGUUUAAACGUACGGGAGAAGGCCAAGCAGCUGGUGAACCUGCUGAAGGAUGAGGAGCGCCUGAAGAACGAGCGAGCCCGCGCCCUAAAGGCCAAGCAGCGGUUCGCACAGAGCGCCAGCGCCUUCGGCAGUGACGGAGCCCUGGACACGCCCACCAGCCCCACCUACCCAGCGUUGCGGUCGAGCGAGGCUACCGAGUGGUCGGGUCGGGACAGCGAGCUGGCGCGUCCGCUCACGGCCGGCGAGGAGGAGCUGCAGCUGCAACUGGCGCUGGCCAUGUCCCGCGAGGAGGCGGAGCGCGAGGAAAGACGCAGGAGGUCCGACGACGUGCGUCUGCAGCUCGCCAUCAGCCAGUCGCAGAACGACUUCCAGACUCCGCCCCCCGAGAAGAAGGAGCACUCUCAGUCCCAGUCGCACCUGUUGGACCUGUUGGAUGUGAACCUGUCUCCGGCGGCCCCCGGCGCCCCCGCCCCCGCGGCCGUCCCCGGGGCGCCGCUGGACCCCUGGGGUCUCCCCUCGCCCCCUCUCCCCGCGCCCCGGCCGCCCAUGCGUUUGGAUUUCCCUCCGGCCGUGGAUCAAAUGGAGACGUCUCCGGACGCGUGGUCGACUGUGACGAGCCCCUCCCGGGACCCCUGGGCCCCCGCCGCCGCCCCGCCCGCUCCCGCUGACCCCUGGGCGCCUCUAGCACAGAGCAAGUCGCCGGUGUCGGUGCUGUCGUCGCCGUCCUCCGAGCUGGAGCAGUUCGACGCGCUGUCGCAGAGGACCAAGACCGACGACCCCUUCGACCUCACCGGCCUAGGUAACGGGCUGACCCCGGUGCCGGUGUCUCCGCCGUCGACGGGCGCCAUCAAGAAAUCCCCCUCGGCCUUCCUCGGGGAGAACUCAUCGCUGGUGAACCUGGAGAGACUGCUGCAUCCCGCACCCGCCGACCCCGCGCCCAACCCCUUCGCCCCCGACCCCAGGCCUCCGCCCCCGGCCAAGCUGUCCAUCAACGAGAUCAAGCAGCAGCAGAUGGGCUUGAACCCGGCGGUGAACUACAGCUCGCUGCCGCCCUUCGCGAUGGCCGCGCCCGCGCCGCUGGUGCAGCCCAUGGCGGCGCCCAUGUCCGUGGGCGGCGUGGGAGCCCUGGACCCGUGGGCGCCGGCGCCGGUCCGCUCGCAGUCCCCGUGGUCACCUCCGGCCACGAGACACACGCCCAACCCCUUCCUCUCCUAGCCGCAGCACAGUCCCCGGCGGGCGCUCCGGAGAUGACGUCACACGUCCCCCUCCACACGGUGUAACGCCGCGCAGACAAGACAACUUUACAAAUAUUUCUUUUAUAUCGACGGUAUCCAGAACAAUCCAUGAGUCAUAUUGAUCCCAUGUCGUGCUAACACAGUGUGGGCACGGCCGGCGACGCGUUCCGAAAUACUAUAUCAUUAUAUUAUAUAUAUAUUAUAAUUCCUCGACCGCCGGCCGCGUCGCUCGGUGUAUCACGGCGGCGUGCGGCGCCGCGAGAGAAUUAAAUACAGUAUUAUAUUAAAUGUGUUGUUUCUGAACGCGUCCGGCGACUUAGAGUAGGAGGUAGGACCUAGAGAGGAGACGGCGGGCGACGGCCGUGUGGCCCACGGAAGGUGAUACGAAGAUAUUGAUAGCCAUCAUCGUAUGACUACUCAUAGGGCGACGGAGCGUCUCCCGCUCGUCCGGUGACGGCUGUUUAGGAAUUUAAAAGGAAUUAAAAUAGUUUUAACUGCAGGGUUUCUAUACUGCAAGUAUUCUGGACAGAGAAAUAUUACGAGAGGGGGCCGGCUGUUAGGUAGGUAGGUUCCUUCGAACGACUAACGUGUCCUAAAUAUUUGCACUAUACAGACCCGGUCGGUCCCCGAGACGGUUACGGUCAGCGGAGUGUAUAUCGUGCCUUAGGUAACAUGUGUGUGUGACGGACCGCGGCUGAACGCACUCGACCGUCGCCGCCCGCGGCGUGUCGGCGGGAGAUUCGAAUUUGGAACUGUCAUAUGACAGACGACGCGGUCGAGUGCGUCCGCAGCCGGGACGGGCGAGGCCGUGGUGUGAUGUUACUAUAAUAUAAGUGGAGAGUAGUGGACAGUAGGAGGGGGGCGGCUCGGCUCGGCCGCACGUCGUGCGCGGGCCCUCGGACCUUCCUCUCAUUGUAUCGAUGAGAGGCUUCGGGUGUUUGUACUCGUAUACGACGCGGAUCCGCGCACGACGCGACCCGGCCGCCGGGACGUCCGGCGAACCUGCCUUGCCUCGACACCAAUCUAUUGUAUAUUUAUACCUUUUAUUGAAUAUUGCAUUAUUUGCAUUCGUUUUUUGAACCGAGCAUCCCGCACCGCUCCCCGGAGCGCUGCGCUCUCCCUCGAAGGUUUACACGAGGGGCGAGGCGCGGACGGAUACAAGUCAUUCCGUGUCACGCGGCCAGCGCACGGCGCGGGGUCGCUCGUCACACCAGACGUAUUUUGUUCUGUCACGUCUUCGCCGUGUUCCACGGAAUGAACAGCCUGUCCGUCCCCGACCCCAGGCCCCGGACAUGUCUCGCUUGUGGUAUAUUUCUAGCGGACUUAUUAAUGUAUUUCGUUGAUCGUGGUGUAGAUAAAUUAUUUUAAUAUAUUUUGACCAAUAAGAUGCAUCGACGCUGAUAACAAUGUCACUUAGCUAGGGAAGAACUGUAAAGAUUAAUGUAACUAUUUAAUUAAAAUAUAUAAGUUUUUCAACAAA